AUGCCUGCCCUGUACUGCAGAACAGCUUCCGUGUGUCCCUGUUCUGCAGGUGUCUUGAGAAACAGGAGAUGCUGCUUCCUGGUGUCCCCAGAGGACCCCAGCUUCCUGCCCCUCCGUGUGAUUGUGUUCAUUCUCCAGGUUGUUAAUCUUGAAGUCACACUGCAGAGCCCGUUGCACAAGCGUAUGGCACAUGCUGUCCAGGCUGCCAUCACUGUCAAGGCAGGUUGGCGCGGCGGGGGUGGUGUGGCCCAGCAGGAGAAGGAGGAGAGGCCACCUGUGCUGCAGGCCUCUCACUGGCGGCACUUCACACAGGCAGCUGAGGGGGCAGCAGGCAGCAGGGUACAUGCAUGUGAACUGGCAUUUUCUACACAGGGGCACACAGGAGUGCUCUGCCCAGUGAAGGCGCAGCAGAUCCACCAAGGACAAGAGCUUUGUCUCCUCAAGAUGCAACAGAAGAGGCCCCAGCGUGGCUUCUAUGCACCUUGGGUGUCUGCAGGUGGGCAGCAAAUAGCCACUGUGGUCAGUGGUGUUGGUCAAGAAGGGGACUCGGCCCAGGCUUUUGUCCUGAUGAUGUUCUGGGGAGUGCAGAAGAGUAUUUCUGAUCACACAUUCUCGUCUGCUCUGCUUCUUGCCUUAGUGUGUACUUUUGAUAAUGAAGCCUGCCUUCGCCGAAGGAGCACCAGUGUGCACAAGGAUGGAGACGUGGUGGUUGGGUGUAUUUUGUCUCUUUAUUUCUAUAUCUACUAUACUGCAGUCUUUGACAUAAAGCCUACUAGAGAAUUCUAUUACUUCCCGCUGACGCCAAGGAACUACCAGAACUACCUGGCCUUCACUUUUGCCAUAGAAGAGAUCAACAGGAAUCCUCAUCUUUUACCCAACAUUUCUCUGGGCUAUGAGUUCCACAAUUUUAUUAGCAGUCAUUGGAUAAUGCUAGAAAGUUCCUUCAUUUUGCUCACAGGACAACAUGAAUUCCCUAAUUACAUGUGUGGGAGAGAAAGCAAGUGUGCAGCAGUACUGACAGAAAUGUCAUGGGGUACCUCGGGUCAGAUCGGAUCACUGCUGGAACUCUACAGAUUUCCACAGGUUACCUUUGGCUCAUUUGAUCCUGCACUGACUGACAGUGGCCAGUAUUCUUCUUUGCAUCAGGUGGCCCCAAAGGACACGUAUUUGGCCCUUGGCAUGGUGUCCUUGAUGCUUCAUUUCCACUGGACCUGGGUGGGCCUGCUCAUCACAGAAGGCCAGAAGGGUCUUCAGUUUCUCUCAGAUGUAAGGGCUGAGAUGGACAGGAACAGAGUCUGUGUAGCCUUUGUGAAAAUGGUGUCAACUGUGGCUGUGUCGUAUGUCUCAUUUACAAAGCAGCAUGAUGUCCUGCCUGCCAACACGGCAUCAGCCAAUGUGGUGGUUAUUUACUAUGAUACUGAUAGUACGCAUGAUGUAAACUACAACAUAGUGCAAGACUUAGUGACGUGGAAAGUCUGGGUGACAAACUCACGAUGGCAUGCUGACCUUUCUGGGAGAGAUUUCAUACUUGACUCCUUCCAUGGGACUCUUGUUUUUUCACAUCACCAUGAAGAGAUUUCUGGUUUCAAAGACUUUGUCCAGGAAGCUACCCCUUACAAAUAUCCAGAAGACACUUAUCUUUUUGUGUAUUGGUCCAAGAAUUUUGGUUGCUCCUUCUCUGAUUCUGACUGUGCCUUGAAGAACUGCACACCUAAUGCCUCUGUUGCUUGGUUGCCUCAGAAUCGCUUUGACACAGGCAUGAAUGAUGGGAGCUACAAUAUAUAUAAUGCUGUGUACGCUGUGGCACAUGCCCUGCAUGCGAUGCUUUCUGAGGAAGUACAAAGACCACCAAUGAGAAAUGGACAAGUGAUGUUUCACCACUGGCCGACUCCCCGCUCAGUGUGCAGUGACAGUUGCAAUCCUGGAUUUAGAAAAAGCCCUCAGGAGGGAAAGGCUGCCUGCUGUUUUGACUGCACCCCUUGUGCAGACAAUGCGAUCGCCAAUGGCACAGGUUUCAGGGAAAUCAGGUUUGUUUCUGAGAUGGUGUUGGAUGGUAGAGCCAGAGGACCUGGGAAACCAGAUGGCUCACCCAGGUUUCCUAAAGCCAAGGUCCCUCCUGUGCUGGUGGCAGGGUUGGUGCCAGAGGAUCUUGGCUCCCAGCUUCCUGCCUUAGUGUGUACUUUAGAUAAUGAAGCCUGCCUUCGCCAAAGGAGCACCAGUGUGCGCAAGGAUGGAGACGUGGUGAUUGGGGGCUUUUUCUCUCUUUAUGUCUAUGUGUACUAUACUGGACCUCGGUACUUUCUCUUCAGGCUUACGACCAGCAACUACCAGAAAUACCUGGCUUUCGCUUUUGCCAUAGAAGAGAUCAACAGGAAUCCUCAUCUUUUACCCAACAUUUCUCUGGGCUAUGAGUUCCAUAAUUCCAUUAGCAGUCAUUGGAUGAUGCUAGAAAAUUCCUUCAUUUUGCUCACAGGACAACACGAAAUCCCUAAUUACAUGUGUGGGAGACAAAGCAAGUGUGCAGCAGUUCUGACAGAAAUGUCAAGGGGCACCUCGGGUCAGAUCGGACCACUGCUGGAACUCUACAGAUUUCCACAGGUUACCUUUGGCUCAUUUGAUCCUACACUGACUGACAGUGGCCAGUAUCCUUCUCUCCAUCAGGUGGCCCCAAAGGACACAUGUUUAGCCCUUGGCAUGGUGUCCUUGAUGCUUCAUUUCCACUGGACCUGGGUGGGCCUGCUCAUCGCAGAAGGCCAGAAAGGUCUUCAGUUUCUCUCCGAUAUAAGAGCCGAGAUGGACUGGAACAGAGUGUGUGUAGCCUUUGUGAAAAUGAUCUCAAGUGUGGCUGUGUCCUAUGUCUCAUUUACAAAGAAGAAUGAUGUCCUGACUGCUGAUACUGCAUCAGUCAAUGUGGUGGUUAUUUACUAUGAUACUGAUAGUACAUAUGAUGUAAACUACAACAUAGUGCAAGACUUAAUUACGUGGAAAGUCUGGGUGACCAACUCACGAUGGCAGGCUGACCUGUCUGGGAGAGAUUUCAUACUUGACCCAUUCCAUGGGAUGCUUGUUUUUUCACAUCACCACAAAGAGAUCUCAGGUUUCAAAAAUUUUGUCCAGGAAGCUAGCCCUUACAAAUAUCCAAAAGACACUUAUCUUUUUAUGUAUUGGUCCAAGAAUUUCCAUUGCUCGUUCUCUGAUUCCGACUGUGCCUUGAAGAACUGCACACCUAAUGCCUCUGUGGCUUGGUUGCCUCCAAAUCGUUUUGACACAGCCAUGAGUGAUAGGAGCUACAAUAUAUACAAUGCUGUGUACGCUGUGGCCCAUGCCCUCCAUGCGAUGCUUUUGGAAGAAGUACAAAGGCCACCAAGGAGAAAUGGACAAGUGAGGAUGUUUCACCCCUGGCAGCUUCAUCGCUUUCUGAAGAACAUCCAGUUUCACAAUCCUGCUGGAGACCAAGUGAACUUGCAUGACAGAAGGAAACUGGAUUCAGAGUAUGACGUUCUCAAUUUUUGGAAUUUUCCAGAAGGCCUUAGACUGAAGGCUAAAGUAGGAACAUUUUCUUCACAUGCUCCACAUGGCCAAAAAAUGACUUUAUCUGAGGACAUGAUAGAGUGGGCCACAGGAACUGCAGAGACUCCCCGCUCGGUAUGCAGUGAGAGUUGCAAUCCUGGAUUUAGAAAAAGCCCUCAGGAGGGAAAGGCUGCCUGCUGUUUUGAUUGCAUCCCUUGUGCAGACACUGAAAUCACCAAUGACACAGAUAUGGAGCAGUGUGUGAAGUGUCCAGAUCAUCAGUAUGCCAACACUCAGAGAAACCACUGCCUGAAAAAAGCUGUGACUUUUCUGGCUUAUGAAGACCCCUUGGGAAAAGCUCUGGCUGGCACCGCCCUGAGUCUCACUGUCCUCACAGCUGCUGUUCUUGGGCUCUUUGUGAAGCACCGACACACUCCCAUCGUCAAGGCCAACAACCGGGCUCUCAGCUACACCCUGCUCAUCUCCCUCACCUGCUGUUUCCUCUGCUCCUUGCUCUUCAUUGGCCGGCCCAGCACAGCCACCUGCGUCCUGCAGCAGACCACAUUUGGAGUCGUGUUCACUGUGGCUGUUUCCUCUGUCUUGGCCAAAACCAUUACUGUGGUGCUGGCCUUUAAGGUGACUGCUCCAGGCAGAAGGAUGAGGCAGUUGCUGGUAUCAGGGGCUCCUAACUCCAUCAUCCCCAUCUGCUCCCUGAUCCAACUCACUCUCUGUGGAGUCUGGAUGGGGACAAAUCCACCCUACAUUGACAGAGACGCUCACUCUGAGCAUGGCCACAUCAUCAUCGUGUGCAACAAGGGCUCCCUCACUGCCUUCUACUGUGUGCUGGGAUACCUGGGCUCCCUGGCCCUGGCGAGCUUCACCGUGGCUUUCCUGGCCAGGAACCUGCCCGACACGUUCAAUGAAGCCAAAUUCCUGACGUUCAGCAUGCUGGUGUUCUGCAGUGUGUGGGUCACCUUCCUCCCCGUGUACCACAGCACCAAGGGGAAGGUCAUGGUGGCCAUGGAGGUCUUCUCCAUCUUGGCCUCCAGUGCGGGGGUGCUGGGCUGCAUCUUUGCUCCCAAGUGCUACAUUAUUUUGUUAAAUCCUGACAGAAAUUGUCUCCCUGGGAUCAGGGACAAAACACAUUCUGUCAGAAAGGAGCCUUGUUAUCAUUAA